AUGAAGUCGGCUCAAAUGGUCAGAGGCACGAAAACGCAUCCGCGUUGCCAGCACUGUGGCAAGGAUGGUCACUACGCCACAACGUGCCCGACGCUGGCUCAAAAAGUUUUGAAAUCACUGGCCUCUCACAGCCUGAAGUCUUUACAAGAGCACGUGGCUGCUGGCAAACAGCUACGCCUGGCGUCUGUGGAGACUAAAAAGAAAAGAACUCUCAAACGAGCAAGUGGCAGAAGAACCUGGAACCAAACGUCCAAAGUCGGUCCAUCGAAGAAAAAGCGUCAGGAGUCGUCAAAGACAAAACAUGCUGCAUCAGACUCCAUGAGAAGGACUCGUCCUAUGAAGGCCAUUCAGAACCAACCGCACUUCAACGCCAAGAAGACAUAUGCAGCUUACAAUACUUUGGUUUCGAGUGGCUGGAUUCAGAAAGUCAAACCGGGCAGCAGCGCGGUCGUGGUCGCUUGUGGCUGCGUUGCUACGCCUGUGGCAGUGCUUCGGAAUUUGCUUCGCUGGAAAGAUGUUCUGAGCUUUUCCCUCUUACCGGUUCUUCGAAUGCCGCUGUACCAUGUGCUGUUGGUUGCCCAAGCUUGGUUCGAGAGUUCAAAGCCGCCAAGUUUGUCCGAGCUGGGCGCCCGCUUCGGCUAUGCCAGUCAGAGGCAGACUUGUUUGCGGCGAUUGGUGCGUGCUUUUCUGGUGGCGGAAGCCAGCUGCGCUGAGAAGAGCCAGGCAUCUCGAACUUUGUCUGGUCACUUGGAGAUCGAUGGGACUUCCAUAAAAAAAUGGAGACCAGCAAAUUCGACAACCAACUACUACCAGCAGAUUCUCGGAGUGACUUGUCGUGAGUCUCGACGAAUCAACAUGUACGCUUUUGGCAAUGUGGCGGCCAAGAACUUCGGCAAGCCGCCGACUGAAAGUGUGACCAAACUGGAAGCAUGCGGUGCCGCCAAAGAUAUUUCAAGGAAUUCCGUGGUCAUCAGUGAUGGUUGUCCAGCCUAUGCUCCCUGGUGCAAAAAGCAUCACUUCCAGCACUUCUCUUGCAACCACAGCAAAGGCGUGUGGGUGAAACGUGCGCGUCGUGGCAGGCUGGGUGUACUGAAAGUGCACACAGGGAAGAUAGACUCUCUGUGGAAUUUGGCUAAACAAUUUGUGCCUAGCAAUUUGCAGACAAAGGCAGGGCAGAACAAAGAUGUCAUGCUAUACCUGCGUUGCUGGCAGUGGCGUUAUGAAUGCCAUAAUGGCAAAUUGCUGUCAAAGACAGCUUCCAAACUGAAGGAUCGCUGA